CAGGUUCCAUCGCCUGAAUGAAACCACCGCAUCCCCUAAGCGUAGAUCAAAUAAGCACGAUAUCGUGUAGAAGACACCGUUACUAUACAAUCUGACUUGCUGGAUACAAAUGUGUGGAAGCAAUACGUGUUUUACAGAAGGCAAAUAAAGUGGUGAACAGCCGAAGCCUCUAUGUUACACGUGCACUGGAUAAAAAUCGAACAGCAGCAGAACAGAAGUGGCUGGCACGGCAGAUGAAAGACCCAUAUAUAAAGGAAGCACAGGCACAUAACUAUCGCUGCCGCAGUGCAUUUAAACUGUUGGAAAUAGACAGUAAACAUCAUAUCCUACACCCUGGGCAUCACGUUAUUGACUGUGGGGCUGCUCCUGGAGCAUGGAGUCAGGUGGCUGUUGAGAAAGUCAAUUCAUUGGGUAGAGAUUCUGCCGCAAGGGCUGGUUUUGUAGUUGGAGUAGAUCUUCUUAACAUUACCCCUUUGGAUGGAGCAGUCUUUUUAUCAAAUUCUGACAUUACAGACUCUGACACCCAAAGAAAAAUAAUCAGCGUUCUUCCCUCUGGGAGAGCAGAUGUCAUCUUAAGUGAUAUGGCUCCCAAUGCCACAGGGAUCCGAGAUUUAGAUCAUCAGAGACUCGUGAACAUGUGCCUGUCCCUUCUGGAGCUGUCGCAAAGAGUGCUGCUUCCUGGAGGAACUUUUCUUUGCAAAGUAUGGGACGGAAGUGAAAUCAGUCUUGUGCGAGACAGAUUGCGGCAGAGAUUCCAGGACGUGAGGACUGUAAAGCCUAAAGCCAGCAGAAUGGAAUCGGCUGAAAUAUAUUUGUUAGCAAAAAUGCACAAACAGCAGAAGCAUUAAUAUGAACUGCCAUUAUUCAAGAAAUCAUUAUUUUAGCUAAAACGCCAUAUUGUGUUCGUUGUGUUUAUAACAACAAUACUUUUUUGCU